GAGCCUAAGAGUGAACGAAGGAUUUCAGCCUCCUACGGUGAACAGCUGAUUGGCUACUGUGUCCCACAGGAAUCAAUUCACUCUAGAACUCACAAGUCGCCAAAAUGAACGUGUCUUACUUGGUAGCAUGUGGACUUAUUGUCACUUUGCUUUCAAUGAAGAUUGGAGCAAAACCUUUAUCACAAGUGCAGCAAAAGUCUCUUCGGAGUUUGCUGGGUGAGGAGCUUGCGGACUUUCUGGAGUCAGAGGAAAGGGAGAGGCAAUUGGAGGCUGUGCGCUCACGGAUACGGUUACUGCGUGAUUUACGCGUGGACACCAGGGCCAGGGGGAUGUGGGCUCGGCUUCUUAACGACCACCCUGUGCCUAGGAGGCACAAAUCAGGAAAUAAAAAAGCCGGCUCUUCGUCGAGGAGUGGCUGCUUCGGACAUAAGAUGGACAGAAUAGGAACCCUAAGUGGCAUGGGAUGCUAGGGACCGGAGCGGUGCUGUGAAGAUCUGUGGACGAUGGGUUUGGACAACUUACAGCAGUCUGUUCUCACCUGAGGAAUAAAAAACAAAACUGAGUAUGUGACCGACUUCCGGUGAGAAAGUGACCAGCAUCUACAAAGACUGAGAUGACGACGCUCCGAAACCCUCAUAUAAAACAAUAUAUGCAGACACUACAUCCAUUUGUCAACACAUCCCGACAGAGAGAUAAUGUACACGAUGAUGGACAAUGGUGUAAAAACAACACAACGCAAAGCUGUAUAUUGUUGCUGAUGCUGCUGCUGUACAUUCAUGUAUUUCAUCUCCACCUGCAUAAAUGUAUUUAUGUUUAAAAACUAUUUAUAUGUUUAUAAAAGAGAUAUUUAUAAAUAUGUUUUAUUUAUGUAACAUUUUGAAAGAACAAAAUGCAGGUCAAUUCUGUUUGUUACUUUUUUGUUUCAAAUAGUUGUAAAUGUUUUAAAAAUUAUAAAGAUUACAUUCCAUGUGCACUUACAGAAUUCUU